AUGCUGUUUCACAUAAACACCAUCAAUUCUUCAAAUCCAGCAAUAUGUAUAAACCAAGGGAAAGUGAAUGCAUAUGUUAUCGUUUCGAAAUUUGCAACCUUUCGUACUGAUUUUGAGCUCGUCAGCAGAUUCAGAAUGUUUACAUCCGAGAACUAUAUUCCACGUCGAUGUCUGAUCUUCAUGCUUGUCUUGCUCAAAGUACCCGCUGAGGGUAAUAAAGCAGGUGCUUUUCAAAACCUCAGGGGCAAGCUAUACUCUUCUUCAGUCGACUAUGCCGAGGUGUAUCAAUUUAUUCUUCCUGAGUUCAAGAUUGGGACACUUGAUUCGUUGGUAGUUAUUUCGGACGAACUCAUCAAGUAUGAUCAAGCGAUCGAAGUAUCCAUAGUCAAAAUCGUUGAUAUUCUAAAGAAUUUAUUGAAGAAUGAUGUGGAUAAGAUACGCUCUCAUUUUGUUGUUAAUGGAAGAAGUAUUGCUCAAUAUCUGAAGGGAUUCCAAUGGCACACUCAAAAAUAUCGGGCGGAUAAAUCCUUGGCUGAAAUUGCGGAAGCCAUUAAUCAAGAAGUGGCCGCGAUCGAAAAUCUGAUGAAAAACAAACUGGCGAAUUAUAAUCAAGUCAAAGGCAAUCUCAUUGCGUUGGAACGUAAGCAAACUGGCAAUCUUGCAGUACGCACAUUGGCAGGCGUUGUCAAAAAGUCGCACUUUGUACUCGAUUCGGAAUAUUUGGAGACGCUUCUCAUUGCUGUUCCGAGGAACCUCUACAAAGACUGGUAUGGUAAAUACGAGACAUUAACGAAUUUCGUAGUUCCGCGUUCAUCCGAAAAAAUAGCCGAAGAUGAUGAGUAUGGACUGUUCAAUGUGACACUGUUUAAGCGAGUAGCAGAUGAAUUUGCACACAAGUGUCGAGAAGAGAAAUUUAUUGUCAGAGAAUUCAAAUAUGAUGAAGCGAAUCUAGAAAGCCAGCGUAAAGAAUUACAAGAAGCGGGAGAAAGUGAAAAAGAAUUAUCUUCUUCACUCUUACGGCUAGCAAAAACUAACUUUGGGGAAGUCUUUUCAGCAUGGAUUCAUCUCAAAGCACUGCGAGUUUAUGUCGAAUCCGUGCUUCGUUAUGGACUGCCACCUGAUUUCAUGUCGGCGAUAAUAAAACCAAAACCAAAAAUGGAGAAGAAAACCCGCGAAGUAUUAAAUGUCGAAUAUGGCCGACUUGGAGGUGCUAUGGGUCACGAGGCGUAUAAAGAUGAAAACAUUGAAGAACUGCAUAAUCUUCUCGGGAAGGAUUAUUAUCCUUAUGUCUGGUUCCAAAUUCAGUUGGAUGUAAAACUUUAUGUAAAAUAA